AACAACCUGUUACAUUCAGAUCAUUCAUCUUCACAAAUCGACAUGCGUGCCUCAUUUAUAGCCUUUAUUGGACUUGUAUGUUUAUUGGUCCCAGCCGCGGCGCUGGACAACGGCCUGGCUUUAACUCCCACCAUGGGCUGGCUGCACUGGGAGAGAUUCAUGUGCAACACUGACUGUGAUGCGGAUCCUCAAAACUGCAUUAGAGAGGAACUCUUCAUGCAGAUGGCAGAUGUGAUGGUGAAGGAGGGAUGGAAGGAUGCUGGAUAUGAGUUUGUGUGCAUUGAUGAUUGCUGGCCUUCGCAACAGAGGGACGCACAGGGGCGCCUGCAGGCCGACCCCAAGAGGUUUCCCAGUGGCAUCAAAAAACUGGCAGAUUAUGUCCAUUCUAUAGGGCUAAAGCUGGGAAUAUAUGCAGAUGUGGGUACAAAAACAUGCGCUGGUUACCCUGGGAGUUUGGGCUAUUAUGACAUCGAUGCGAAAACCUUUGCGGACUGGGGUGUGGAUCUGUUAAAAUUUGACGGGUGUUUCAUGCCUGACUGGCAUCAGCUGGGAGAAGGUUAUAUAAACAUGUCAAGAGCACUAAACCAGACUGGCAGAAGUAUUGUUUACUCCUGUGAAUGGCCGUUAUAUGAGUGGCAGCACCAACAGCCUGACUAUGAGGCAAUUCGCAAGACCUGUAACCACUGGCGUAAUUAUGGAGACGUGUAUGACCAGUGGACCAGUGUGAAGAGCAUCCUGGACUGGACUGCUGAAAAACAGAAGAUCAUAGUCCCAGUGGCAGGACCAGGAGGAUGGAAUGACCCUGACAUGCUGAUCAUUGGAAACUUCGGCUUAAGUCGUGAUCAGCAGCAGACGCAGAUGGCAAUGUGGGCAAUCAUGGCGGCUCCGCUUCUUAUGUCCAACGAUCUGCGAGAUAUCUGUCCCAAAGCCAAAGAACUACUGCAGAACAAGCAGAUCAUUGCCAUCAACCAGGACCCUCUGGGCAAACAGGGCUAUCAGAUAUUAAAGGCUAACAGUUUUGAGCUGUGGGAAAGACCCUUGUCAGGCAGCAGGCUGGCCGUGGCAGUGAUGAACAGACAGGAGAUUGGAGGUCCGCGCAGAUUUAUCAUUUCUGUGGCAAUAAUGCCUAGUUGGAAGCUUUGCGACCCGAAAUGCAAUGUAACCCAGAUCCUGCCCACAUACAAGGAAAUGGGUGUCCAAAAUCUCUUGUCAAAGGUGACUGUCCAAGUCAACCCUACAGGCACAACACUGCUCACCGUCAACCCUCUGUGAACUACAGCAAAGACAGAGGAAUGGGACUGAUACUGUUGAAUUACAUUACUUGAAAUUUUUCUGUUUGAAUAUUGCUUUUGAAUUUGUUUAAACUUUUUUUAAGCAAUGAACAUUUUAAAAUUGUAGCUAUGCAUCAUUUAUUGAACAUAAAACAUUGGCAAAGCACUUUAACUCUGAGAAAUGCACUGUAAGCUUUAAAGACCUACAGUAUAUUAACCAAUGUUUUUAGUUUACUGAAGAUACUGCUUAUAGUCAGGGGUGAAUUUAACCAAUAAGCGAGGUAUGUAGCCGCUUGGGGCCCAUGAAAUCUGGGGGCCCACAAUGAAUACCAAGAAGUUUCUAUAAAUUAUAUAUAAUGUAAUUGUACAUCAUAUUUUGUAGGAUGAGGGUCUAACAAAUACAAGUUUACCUUAAUAAUUAGUACAUCCAUGCAAAUGUGCCUCCCCCCAACCCCAAUCAUGGAUCAGUCCAGCAGUCAAAUCAGAUUUUUAGAGUCAAGUUUUGCCUUAAAAAGCUAGUCCUUUAUUGAUUAUUGUUAGUUGUGAAUUAAUUUUUAACAAACAAUACUUUUCAAAUAUAGAGAUUGCGUUAAGAUACAAAUAUAAAAAAGCAAAACUGAGUGAUGCAAGAAAAAGACAGCUAAAGAAAUAAAUAAUUACAAAUACGAAAGGUACAUUAUUACUGUAGGACUUCCGGGUCCCGUGGCUGGAAUUGCUUAGGGCCCCCAAAUCACAUCUGCUUAUAGUAAUGUGCUUCUGAAACAUAUCAUCACAUUUAUUCAUGAUCUGCUC